GUUUACAGUCUUGCGCCUGCUUUGCAGUUUGAUUUGUUUUCAGAUUCUCAAAGUGUCUUUUUGGUUAAAUGAAAUGGUAAACGUUGUGAUAGUUUUUGGUUCAAACCUAAGUCCAAGUAUAAGUCCUUAUUUGGUUAACAAUGAUUAGUUUCAUUUCACAUCUAAUACAGUUAACAUCAACCAUACAAUCGACAAGCUUACAGUAACCAACAAGAGUAACAAACAUUUUACAACAUCAACAACCAACAACAACUACUACAACAACAACUAUUAAAACAACAGCUACAAGAACAGUAACAACAAGAGUUAUUCUUUAUUUUUAAAUCUUGUGCUUUUUAUCCAUCAUUUCAACCCAACUUUAUUAUCUAUCUGUUUAAGCUUGUUUUACUUUAUUCUGUCGACAUUUUUCUCUGUUUUUUCUUUGUUUUCCUUUCUUCUUUCUUUCACCUUCAUGUCUUUUAAACAUUUAACCUUACAUAUUUUUUUGACAAAACUGUUUACAUGAUGAAACUUGGAUUUGUGGUAACCUGAAACCGUGAUUAGCAUCAUCAUAAAACACACACUCAACAUAAAGUCCAAUUAAUUGUAUUUGAUUAAUGCCUUGUUAUACUGUGUAACUACCGGUGAACACUAAACUCAUCAAGCAACAACCAGAACAGCAAAAGUCCAUUGGAUUGGUGUUGAUGGAAGAGCAAUAAACAAGGUCAACAUUUGACAGAAGGGAACCAGUUCAGGUUGACCAACAAAGAAACCAAGAGAAACCCAAAAACACCGAGAGUUUAACAGUGAAAAUUGAAGAAACAGCAAAAGAAAUGGUUCUGUGAUUAUUAUUGACUAUUUAUCGUCUCAUCAUUGAGUAUUUACAAGUUGAUAACCUGUGAGAGGGAGACUGAUUAUAAUUGCGAGAUUGAUUAUUGAUGGAUAACAUGAUAAUGUCACCGGUGAAUAUUGAAGUGAGGAAAGGACGGAAACGUCGACCAAGCAACAGCCUCGAAGACGAUCCAGUUAUGGAUGAUUGUACAGCCGCUUUGGUUCUAAUGAGUCUCUCUUGUUCACCCAAAUCAACCUUUAUCCCUGAUCGAGGCACUUAUUCAAUGUCUGUGAAGAGCAUCGAUUCUGGUGUUGGCUAUUGUUCAGCAGCUAGUCGAUCCAAUACACCUUCACCGACCACAAUCAACGAAGAUUCAACUGCCCCAAUUGCCAUUGAGAUUAAUAAGGAUGAUGAACAAAUUAAUGGAUUAACAAUCAAUAAAGAUGAAGGAAUUGAUAUGGAUGAAACUAUUGAUUUUAUCAUUGAUGAUCCAAUACAAACCAGUGUUGAGAAGGCACGACGAAUUGUGUUCAAAUGUACUUGGCGUGGAUGUGGCCUUCGAUGUGAUCUUGUUGAAGAUAUUGAGAAACAUGUUAGAAUAGUUCAUCUUGGACGAAGUGAGGCGACCGGCGAAGAUGAUAAUGAUCAUGAGGAAGAAUUUUAUUAUGCUGAAAUUGAAGAAGAGAUGGAAAUUGAUAAUAUUAGUAGUAAAGAGAGUUCAUGUUCUAGUGACAGUAGUCUGGGUCCUUUGUCACCCGUCUCGAGUUCACCAGAGUCACCUAACAGUACAAAUUACAAUCUAAGCCCAACACUCAGCUCGGCUUCCCUCCUUUUCUUUGCUCCUUCACCCACUUGGAGUCAUCUUGAUAUGGCUCGACCUCCACACGAAGAUCCUGAGUACCAAAAGCAACAAAAGCAACUUCAACAGCAACAACAACUACAACAAAACCAGCAAGUGCAAAAUGUUCAACAGACAACUUCUGUGAAUCAAACUAUUCUCAGUGCCCAGAUUAAACCGGAACCGGAAAGGAAGACAGUGAUAUCAAGCCCGAUCAACAUUCCCGGUAUUUCGGUGGCCCAUCGUUGGUCGACAAAAGUACGUGAUUCUGCUUCUCUUUCAUCGUCUUUCUCGACAAGUUGCAACUCAAGCUACUCAUUUUCAAAUUCCCACCACCACCAUCAUCAUCUCAAUAAUCACAUGCUUCAUCAUCAUGCCAACAACAACAAUAAUCAUCACUAUAAUCAAUCUCAAGCAUCUCUCCUUGCCUCAAGUCCAAGUCCAGUAAACCUUUUCUCGCCAAAAGCUCCUUCCAAAGUUAUGCGAUUAAGUAGCAACACAUCCAGCCCGGUCAACAUUAAGUCAACAAACAGCACAACCUCGGUAAUUGCUGUAACCUCAUUAGCCUCGUCAUUAAGCGCAACCGGAACAGUAAACCUUGCCACAACCAGUGUCAACACCAGCAACAUUAGCACUACCAAUGGAGCAAACAGCAACAACAUGAAUGCCACCAACACUACCAGCAUUACCAUAAACCCAACCAAUGCAAGUAACUCUAGUAAUCAUUCAAGUAACAGCAAUCAGUGGACAAGCUUGUUGCAAUCAUCAAGCUCGUCGGCCACUAGCAAGGGUCAUAGCAUAUCGCCAACCCGACGAACCCGAACCGAAACCAGAAAGUGUCGUAAAGUUUAUGGAAUGGAAAAUCGUGAUUCAUGGUGUACUCAAUGCAAAUGGAAAAAGGCUUGCACUCGUUUUGUCGAUUAAAGGAAAAGAGUGAAAAUCGUGAAAAGAGAAAGAAAAAAAAGCAAGCGCAAAAUUAGACAAAAAAAGAUGAUGACAAACAAGGAAUGGAAAAAAAGCUUCAAAUCGAUUGCCAUUCAAAACUUUCUCCUUUUAUCCUCAUCAUUCUCUUUUAUUCGCAUCUUCUUUAUCACAAUUUGCCUUUCAAGUUUCUUUAACCCCUUUCUUUUCUUCUCCUUUUGCUUUCUCAUAAUUUUUUAUCUUAAUCUUUUUUCCAUAAUUUUCUCUUUUCCUUUGCUUCUCUAAAUCAUGUUUCAUCUUCCCUGAUAAAACACACUUCAAACCGCAUCAGUUUAAUCACAGAAAAACAAAAUCUUCGCCUUGCUUUGCCUUCUCAGCUUCUUCUUUUCCUUUUCCUUUCUCUUCUAAUUUUCGCUCAUCACUCAAUAUACACUCAUCAUUUCCUUUUCCUUUCUUUCUUUGCUUCCUUUCUACUUCAUUUUUCUCUUGUUUCUUCAAAACUCAAUAGAUUUUUCAUUACACAGCAUCGAAAAUCAAGUUGUACCUUGUUCUCAGCAUCUUUACUCAUGAAAUCAACUUCGAUUAAAAAAUUGAGUCAGCCAUAAAGAUCAUGAAAUUCACAGUCAAACUGACCAAGAGCAAUCCAAGAUUUUGUCUUCUCCAACACCGAAUACUUUGUGAUAAAUUUCAUGAUCUUUAAUGAACGACUGUUUUUCUGAGUUGAAUCUGCUUUCGAUGAGCAAAGAUGCCAAAACAAGGCACAACUCAAUUCGCGCUGCUGAAUAUAUUAUACAUUCAGAUAUUUUUUUGCCUCUCAUCGUUUUUAGUUAUAUCGUUUUAAAUUGAAAUAUAUACAAAAUUCAUUGCUCACAUUUUUUUAUUUUUCAUUCUAAUAUUUAUUUCUCUCUUUUUUUGUUCAAUAUAUUCUUCUUUUCUCUCUCAUCAUUUUCAUCAUCACAUUUCUUCUUCUUUCCCCGUGUCUUCCCUUUUCAUCUUAUCAUUUUUGCUUUGACAUCCAACUCUUUCGUUUGAUUCUUUUGCAAAACUUCAAAGACUCAAAACGAGAAAAAAAUUUAAAUUCAACAAAACAAAAUGAAGACACAACAAUAGACAAAAAAGACAAAAAAUCUUACAAGAAAAAUUUUCUCCUCUUUGUGCUGGUUUUUAAACAAACAAAAAGCAAAAACAAAAUGCACAUUAACAUGAUGUUAUACCCUUUGGUUGUUCACCUUAUUAAUGAAAUAAUAAUAACAAUAAUAAUAAUGAUAUUAAUAUUUAGCAUAUCCAAUUGCAAAUU